CGGAAGCCGGAAGGGAGGCUGUGAGGACGUGUUCUGUGGAAGCCAGCGCGGGACCCGGCGGGGCCGGCAACAUGGAGCCGCUGUACCAGCAAACGCACAAGCAGGUCCACGAGAUCCAGUCUCACAUGGGACGCCUGGAGACAGCCGACAAGCAGUCUCUGCACUUAGUAGAAAACGAAAUCCAAGCAAGCAUAGACCAGAUAUUCAGCCAUCUAGAGCGUCUGGAGAUCUUGUCCAGCAAGGAGCCUCCUAACAAAAGACAGAAUGCCAAACUUCGUGUCGACCAGUUAAAGUAUGAUGUCCAGCACCUGCAGACUGCUCUCCGAAACUUCCAGCAUCGGCGAUACGCAAGGGAGCAGCAGGAAAGACAGCGAGAAGAGCUUCUGUCUCGCACCUUCACCACUAAUGACUCUGACACCACCAUACCAAUGGAUGAAUCACUGCAGUUUAACUCCUCCCUCCAGAAAAUUCACCACGGCAUGGAUGACCUCAUUGGAGGCGGGCACAGUAUUCUGGAGGGACUGAGGGCCCAGAGACUGACCUUGAAGGGGACCCAGAAGAAGAUCCUCGACAUUGCCAAUGUGCUAGGCUUGUCCAACACAGUGAUGCGGCUCAUCGAGAAGCGAGCUUUCCAGGACAAGUACUUCAUGAUCGGUGGGAUGCUGCUCACCUGUGUGGUCAUGUUCCUCGUGCUGCAGUACCUGACCUGAGCCAGCCAGGCCCUGUGGCUGAACAAUGGUCCCACGGCGUGACAGUGUGUGUGAGUGUGAGUGUGCAAAGAGAGGGAGGCCCAGAGGCUGCCUUCUGAAAUGUGUGCCCAUCUUAACUGUGAAGACCACUCGGAAGUCAUUGUGACCUGUAACCUGGUGGGAGUUUCAAACCUCUGUUUUCUGUGACAUCUUGGAGGGGAAACUCGUGCUACCAAGAUGUGGUGCUUAGGAAACGAACGAAGUGUCUGUUCUCUCUCAUGCUCACUCUCACUCUCACUGGGGGAGGAAGUGAUGCAAGGGUGAGGGAGGACCAGGGAGAGGGGAGGAAGAGAAUGGCCUUGGUGGUUUUUGUCCUCAUAGCUGAUGUGCACCCGGGAAGGCUUUCACGGUGAGCUUGCAGACAGGACUGUCCACUCUUUGCCAUCCACUGGCCUUUCUGGCUCCUAGUAGAUAGUCUAGAGCAGAAGCAAAGAGAGGAGGGGCAAGAGGCCUUCUUUUCCUGCACCCACUACAGUAGGUGGGUUCACAUGCUCUUGCUACUAGCCACCUUCCCCCACACCCCUCCAAAAAAUAAUGACAUGCCAAUGA